AUGAGCGGGCUGAGCGCGCGGCGGGACUUGCAGGAGGCGGCUGCUCUGGAGCGGCGGCGGCAGCGCGAGCUGCAGCGGCAGGGCCGCAUCUUUAACGCGCGAGUGCGGACCAUCGGGGUUGAUAAAGAUGCAUUGGAUGCCCAGGUUAAGGAUAGGAAAAUUCAAGAAGCAACUGAAAAAGCACGAAAUGAAGAACUUGCGAAUGAAAUGAAGAAAAAUGACAAGUUGAUGUGUAUGUUAGAAGAAAGACAGAAACGCAACAUCAGAAACUUGAACAAGGCUGUCAGUGACUUCCAGAAGAAUUUUCAGCAGCCAGAAACGAGACGUGAAUUUGAUCUAUCUGAUCCCCAGGCUCUAAAGAAGGAUAGACCUGCUCGGCUUUCAGACAAUGAUCCUCGAUGCACUGUAUCUGGCUUGCAGAAGUUUAUGGGUGAAGACUUAAACUACGCUCAGAGGACGAAAUUUCAAAAGGAGCAGUUAAGAGAGUGGUCUCUUCAGCAACAGAGAGAUUACAAGAAUGCAUUAGCUGAUAAAAAAUUUUUAGAUGAUCUUCAUGACAAGAAUAGGAUUGAACUGGACCAAAAGAUAAUGGAACAACAACGAAUUGAAGAAGAAACGAGACGUGCUGUAUGUGCAGCUAUCAAAGACUUUAACAAAAGCCAGGCUGCUGAACUAGCUGAAAGAAAGAGGCUGGAUAAAUGUCAAAAAAUGAAAGAUGAUAUGGAUGAAAUUUCCAGCCAGCUUCAAGGAAACUUACUUUCUGAAAACCCUGAGCAAGCUAUCAGUUCCUUUGGUACACAUCGUGUGAUCACGGAUCGGUGGAAGGGAAUGAAUCAGGAUCAGCUGAUGGCAAUCCGCUCCUUUCAACAGGAACAAGUUCUGGAGAAGCUGAGAUUAAAAGAGGAGGAGCGCCAAAGAGAUGCUGAAUGGGACAGGCAAAGCAUGCAGGCUGCAAGAGCACAGUUAAUUUUAGAGCGGCAUCAAGCACGACAGAAUCGGGAAUGCCGCCAAGCUCUAGAUAGCAUAAAUGCACAACUAUCCCAGGAGCAGAAAUCAAAGAACAUUUAUCUUAAAGAAGAAGAAUAUUCAAAUUGUCCAACAAGUCAGUAUUUUGCACAAUUCAAUACAACCAGUCGAUGACAUUCCAGAUGCAUCAACGCAGAAAAUUAAAGCAGUUUUUAAUUGAGCUGUCCCAUUUUUUA